CUAGAUUAUGAUUGACGAAAUUUCAACAUAGUUACUUUCUCUACUUAGCUUCUGAUAACUUCAAAAGAUUCGGUUACUAUUGAAACGUUGAAUUGAAAUACCGAGCGGUAUUACAAGACUUGCGUUAAGACAUGCGCCACUUCAACGUUGUAUUGGCUUGUGUUGUGUAGUCGUGUUCCUUGGAGUUAAGUGUUUUGUUAUAGCCCCCCUAUCAUUACUGCUAGUCAACAAAAAUGCCAUCAGAAGAUAAAAAGAAGAAAGCUCAAGCGAAGAAGGAUGCAGCGAAGAAACGAACUCAGAAGCCAGCAAAAACGGCACUGUCACAGCCAGAUGGUGAAGGUGAUGCAAAGAUAGUUGAUAAUGGAAGCGUUGGUGUUCCCGAUGGUUUGCCGUCUGGAUCUUCAGACUCCACCCAUCACGCACGUGAUGAAGACUUUAUGGGCAGUGACGACGAAAAUGAAAAAGUUCACCAGUCUUUGGUUGAGACUUUGGAGUGCUUGGAUCUCCUUAGUGAACGUGUUGCUGCACAUCGGUCUGUCACUGGCGUUCUGGCAUCCCAUCCCGAAGCUAGAGAUGUACAAUUUUCAAAUUUGAGUGUCUCUUUUCAUGGAAAAGUUCUGCUGGCAGACACUCGUCUGGAACUGAACAAUGGUAGAAGGUAUGGAUUGAUUGGUCCAAACGGUUGUGGAAAAUCUACUCUCCUUGCUGUGAUAGCCAAUGGAGAACUGACUAUACCACCGCAUAUUGAUAUCUUUCUGUUGCAACGUGAAAUGCCACCUUCAAAUAAAACUGCACUACAGUGUGUAAUGGAAGUUGAUAAAGAGCGUGUCCGAUUGGAGGAGGAAGCUGCUCUGCUUGCAACGAGUGAUGAGCCUGAGGCGAAUGAACGUCUAUUAGAAGUGUAUGAUCGCCUGGAACAUUUGGAUGCUGAUAAAGCUGAACCUAAGGCUGCUGAACUUCUGCAUGGUUUAGGAUUUACUGCUGAAAUGCAAAAGAAAGAGGUUCGUCAUUUCAGUGGUGGUUGGCGAAUGAGAAUUGCUCUAGCUCGUGCUCUGUUUGUUCGACCUGCUCUCCUACUUCUUGAUGAACCAACUAAUCACUUGGAUUUGAAUGCCUGCGUUUGGUUAGAGCGUCAGUUAGUCAAUUAUCCACGAUGCUUGGUCGUUAUUUCUCAUUCACAGGAUUUUCUAAACGGUGUUUGUAAUCAUAUCGUCUUGAUGAAUAAACAGAAACUGAGCUAUUUUGGUGGCAACUAUGAUCAGUAUGUGCGUACAAGAUGUGAAUUGGAGGAAAAUCAAAUGAAACGUUUUAAAUGGGAACAAGAUCAAAUCGCCUCUAUGAAAGAUUACAUAGCUCGAUUUGGACAUGGAAAUAAGAAAAUGGCUCGUCAAGCGCAAAGUAAAGAAAAAGUUUUACAGAAAAUGGUAGCCGGUGGUUUGGCUGAAAAGGUUGAAGGUGAUAAAACAUUGACAUUUUACUUCCCUGAUCCUGGAACAAUCCCACCUCCUGUCAUCCAGGUUCAACAAGUUAGUUUUCGAUAUGGACCAGGAAAGCCGUGGAUUUAUCGAAAUCUCGACUUAGCCAUUGAUUUAGAUCGUCGUGUUGCUUUAGUCGGUCCAAAUGGUGCGGGUAAAUCAACCUUGUUGAAGUUGAUUGCUGCUGAGCUGGAUCCAACUGAUGGUCUUAUUCGUCGUCAUUCACACCUUCGCAUAGGUCGUUAUCAUCAGCAUUUAGGUGAAAUGUUGGAUAUUAAUAUGAGUCCAGUCGACUGGAUGAUGAAGUGUUAUCCAGAAAUUAAAGAACGUGAUGAUAUGCGAAAGUUACUUGGACGUUAUGGUUUAAGUGGACCUCAGCAGGUAUGUCCUAUUCGUACACUAUCAGAUGGACAAAGAUGUCGAAUUAUAUUUGCUUGGCUUGCUCAAAAAGCUCCUCAUCUGUUGUUAUUGGAUGAACCUACAAAUCAUUUGGAUAUUGAAACGAUUGACUCAUUGGCUGAUGCUAUUGAUGACUUUGAAGGUGGUUUGCUACUUGUUAGUCACGACUUUAGACUUAUUUCACAGGUUGCGAAAGAAAUAUGGGUAUGUGAAAAUGAGAAAGUGACUCCUUGGGAAGGUGAUAUUUUCUCGUAUAAAAAGUAUUUAAUGCAGAAUGUUUUGAAUGAAGCCUAAUUGUGUAUCUGUUCUAAUCUGUCGAAUGAGUGAACAAAGGUUGACAUUAUUGUUAUUGGUAUAUUUGUGUACAGCUUUAUACGUUCCCCGCUUUUACAUAGAUUUACAGAUUUGCUUGCGUUUUUCACUCGCCUUUUCUCUAAUAACCUAAGCUCACAAAGCGAAAUCUUCUUCAUAUCAUGUUUUCGUUGGAAUUAGUUUGUCAGAGUUGUUCUUUUAUCCAUUUUGUCAAAUACACGGUUGGAAAUUGUU